CACCAUGCCAACACUUAGGGGAGCAGCUCCUUACACCUGUGCAAGACCGAAAGGGGAGAGCCACAUUUGCUGUGCAAGACUAGAGGGGAGGAGCCAGUUACACCUGUGCAAGACUGGAGGGGAGGAGCCGGUACACCUGUGCAAGACUGAAGGGGAGGAGCCGGUACACCUGUGCAAGACUGUAGGGGAGGAGCCGGUACACCUGUGCAAGACUGAAGGGGAGGAGCGGUACACCUGUGCAAGACUGAAGGGGAGGAGCCGGCUACACCUGUGCAAGACUGAAGGGGAGGAGCCGAGAGGAGGAGCCGGUACACCUGUGCAUGACUGUAGGGGAGGAGCCGGUACACCUGUGCAUGACUGUAGGGGAGGAGCCGGUACACCUGGUGACUGUAGGGGAGGAGCCACCUGUGCA